AUGUCAUUGAGGAACUAGAAUGGGACCAUUAAGGUCUUGCACAUUUUUGAUUUUGCGAUGUAACAUGUUUGUGUAUAUAAACAAAAGAUCUGAGCUUGGCUUGUUGUCAUAUAUGUUGAAGGUGUAAGACAUAUUUUUCCUCCACAUUCCAAUUCUUGAUUCAUUUAAGAUAGUUCUAAAUCUGAACACUGUCCUAUAAAAUUAUUGUUCUGUCCUAAACAAACAAUGAAGUCUGCCAUAUCUCUGCUACUUCUAUUGCUUCUCAUCAUUCAUCAAGCUCAUGGUAUGGGAGUGACCAGAAAAGGAAGUUUAUCUCAUAGAAGUAGUCAGCAAGUCAUGAGCCAUAAAACUCUCGAGGAAAAGACUGACAAAGAUGUCGAUAAGAGCGUGUGGGAAAGCAAGAAUUUAUCAGGAAGAGCUAGAAAACUCAUGAUCACACCUUCGAUUCCAACGACUGCAACCGUUGCUAAGAAUGAGAAAAGCACCAACAAAAAAACAUCAGCUACAAAAGUGAAUUCAUCAUCCAUGGCCGAGCAACGGAUGGCGGCUGACGAGACAUAUCCAGGUAUACUAGACAUAGCCGGAAUGGAUUAUUCUCAGGCAAGAAGAAAACCUCCGAUUCACAACUAAGCUUCAUCAAUUUUAUGGAAUAAUUAAACUACGCAUAGGUAAAUUAGCUAGAGCAAUCCUAUAUACUAAUGUACGUGUACAAGUAGAAAUCAAAUAUGUUAAUUGUCACUUUUGUUUCGGGUUAGAAACUAAGAUUUUGUAAACAAAAAUAUGCUGAAUGCAUGAUUAGUUUAUCGGAUGUAUGUUUGACACAA